GGGCGCAGUUUCAUCAAGUUUGCACCAGACUUUGAACAAGAUGGUUCGUGACACCGCAGCUCCACAGGUGGGAUCAGGUAGGAGGGCAGGAGGAGUCAGAGAAGAGAGACGUCUCCGGAUCUGGAAACGCAGGUUAUGACUGGCCAAAGUGGAAGAGAAGUUGACUUUUCAUCGUGCUAAAGUUGACAGAAGAAUAAGGAGCAUGCCGCCGUAAAGUGGAUCCGGAGGGCAUAUUAAAAGAAGACUCGGGGGAGGUUAGCAGCGAGCCUGAUGGCGCAGCAAGGAGAACCACUGUAUGAUUUCCCAGAGCCCACCCAGCCGUCACAGCGCAAGUUCCUGGGACAUCAAAGGGGCCGGGCCUCUCUGAGAAGCAUCAGUGUGCUGGACCGUCUCCUGCUCACAGUUCCUGUCUGGCUUCAGCUGUCAAUCAACCCCGCCACCGCGCUGCACAUACUGCAGAGGGAGCCUCCUGGGACCUUUCUGGUGCGGAAGUCUCGUACGUCCCAGAGAAACGUGCUGUGUGUCCGUUUGGCGGAUGACAGCGUGCCGUCCUUCGUAGAGCAGUUUGGCAUCAGGGAGGAACAGUCCACUCUGUCUCUGGAGACUUCAGCCAUCAGCUUUCCAGAUCUCCCAAGACUAAUUUCCUUCUACUGUGUCAGCAGAGAUGUAUUGCCCUUCCCUUUGGAGCUCCCUGAAGCGAUCGCAAAGGCAACAUCCCACAAAGAGCUGGAGUCCAUCUCACAUAUGGGAAUAGAGUUCUGGAGUUCCCACCUAAAUGUGCGUGGGCCACGGGAGGCACAUAAGCCCCAGAAGGACAAGGAGAAGCCAGACGCUGUAACCUCAGCCCAGCCUGCUGCUUUCCCACAGGCAAGCUCUGCAGCUCAACCUGAUUCAGCUCCUCAGCCCGACUCAGACAGCCUGCUCAAGACAGCGCCUGAAUCAGACCCCGCCACCAAAGAGUCAGGCCAAAAUCCCACCCUGUUCCACGAGUUUUGUCCGAUCACGACGCGCAGCCCCAGAGAGCUGGACUGUGGCUCCGGCCUGGGCGCUCUCUGCUUCAUCAACCCCCUUUUCCUGCAGUCCCAGAAUGCCUUGUGCAAACGCCGCAUGUUCAAACGCAGCCUCAAAGUCCGGAUUUCCACAGAGACGUCAACCCUGCUGUCGCCGCCGCUUGCUCCUCCUCCUCCGCCACCUCUAAUGCCCAAAACCAAAGGAAAAUGUAAAGCCCUGAAACGGGGACAAACUCAAGACCCAAGUGAAGCCACUCAGAUUGAUCCCACAGUUAAGGACUCCCAGCCUCUGAUACAGACGCAGGACACCCCCAGCGAGGCCCAAGUUCAGCCUCCGUUAGCAGCUGCUCGCUUCCAGCCUGAGAUGCAGGAGCAGGGCCAUACAAAGAUGGAACCAGGCCAAAGUAAAGCUGGAGCCACGGGAGACGAGGCUACAGCUCAGCAACCAACAGUAAUGGAGACUCUUCCAGAUGACUCAGGCUACAUGCAGCCUUCUCCAGCGAUCAACUUCUCCCACUCUCUCCUACUCUCUCCUUAUCUCUCCCCAUCUGUUUCUCCAUUGGCGCCUCCCCUUUUCCCCAAAGUAUCUCCAUCGCUCUCUCCCCAUGACUCUCCUGGCGCCUCUCCGUCUCUCUCGCCUUAUCAGUCCCCCUCUCUGUCUCCAAAGGUUCCCAUUUCCCUCUCUCCAUACGACUCACCCAGCGCUUCGCCCUGUCUUUCGCCUUAUCAGUCGCCAUCUCCUACUCCUAAGGUCCCCUUCUCUCUGUCUCCCUUCACCUCUCCGUCCUUCUCUCAGCUGGCAGAGCAGGCCUAUCACAAACCUCCUUCUCCCUCAAGACCAGAUCAGCAGAGAUCAGAGAAAGAGGCUGAGGAGGAGGAGGGAGCAGGUGCGGAUGAAAAUAAGGAUGAAGAUCUGCUCAAAAAGAGGGAAGAGGAGGAAGAGGGUCUGGUUUUACAGAUGGAUGCUGCUUCUCUGAGUGACACAGACAGCUGCAGUUCCUUCAGCAGUCUUGAGGGGGCAGCAGAGACUCCACCUUACUCGCCUCACAAACAGGACAAUGGUACAAGCCUCUAGUGAACAACCAUUUUAGACUGUAACUGAAUGUCUUUAUGUGAUAUCAUGAAGCACCGUGUAAAAUUAUUAUUGUAGAUAUGGUGACAGCAUCACCAACAGUCCCCAUGAGUAGAACACAUCUUUCCCAGUCUUUUGUUGCCCCUCUUCCAACUGGUUUGAAACAUGUUGCUGCAUCAUAUUCAGAAUAAGCAGAUAUUUACAAAAAUCAAUGAAGUUGAUGAGGUAAAACUUAUUAAAAUUAUAUAUUUUGUCUUUGUACUGUUUUCAGUUCAGUAGAUGUCAAAAGGGAUUUGCAAAUUAUCGCAUUCUGUUUUAUUUAUGUUUUACACAGCAUCCCAACUUUGUUGGCAUUGGGUUUGUAAGUUUAUCAAACCAAAGAUUUUAAUUAUGAUACUGGUUGUUUUGCAUGUUUGAACUGCACCUAUAGCCUUUUUAUAUUCUAUUGCUCACAGUAUUCUUAAUAGGCAUGCCCCACAUUUACCACCGAAGGGACCCACUUGUUUCCUUUGAUAUCAGUAUUUUUUGAAAAUUAAUUGAAUUAGAAAUUACAGAGACUUGAAACUUUUUUGGGUUAGGUUGUCCAUCACAGUUCCCCCUUGGUUACCUUUCAUCAACGAUACAAAUAAAACUCAUAUUAUCAUUAUUGUAUUACAGCAAAAAGGCAUUGUAAUCAAAGUGUUUUUUUACAUCAAAACUGUUGAAGUGGAUCAACUGUAGAACAGUGAACAAACAUAAAAUAGGAUGAUGUGAAUCAUCUUGUUGUUUCUACAAUUAAAUUGUCGUUCAGGAUUAAAUGUCAGAAUCACUUAAUAGGUUCUUACAGCGACAUCAGUGGCUUGGAUGAGAGACAUUAUUCUGAAGAAUGUGUGAGAAAAUGUUAAAUGGUCCACAAUCACAGUCCGUUGUACAGGCUUUUGAGUUGUUCAAACCUCCUUUGAUGUGAAACACCCCAGAUGUCUUGUAACUGUGAUAAUCUGUACGAGCAAAAGCUGAAAUGUCAGUUUUUGAUUUAACAACUCCUCUAUGUAACAUGUUGACAUACAGACCUUCAGGCUUCAGCUGAGCACGUGCCAUUUUGAUUUAAGCCCCACGUCAAGCAUUGAUUUCUUAUGUUAUUAAAAUAUGAUGUA